UCCCCGCACGGGAGGCAGCCAGCAAUGGGAGAAGUUCCAUGGGCAGAAACAAAGAGAAGAACAAGGAAGGCGAGAAUUACAGAAAUUGAAAAGGGAUAAGAGGAAGGAGAAAAUGCUGGGCUGGUGUGAAGCGAUAGCCCGUAACCCUCGCAGGAUCCCCAACAGCACACGGACCCCCGAGGGCUCGGAGGAGUGGGCGGACGCCGCGCAAACGUCCACACUGAAUGACAAAUCCCCAGGGCGAUCUGCAAGUCGAUCAAGUAAUAUUUCAAAAGCCAGCAGCCCAACGACAGGGACAGCUCCCAGGAGCCAGUCACGGUUGUCCGUCUGUCCAUCCACUCAGGACAUCUGCAGAUCUGCCGUCUUACAUGACUUGUCAGAAGCGGCCUUUGAGCAAAGCACCCCUGUCACGGUGCUGGGCCCUGCUAGGAAGGAGUCUGGUCAGAAAUCAGUCAAACGGAGGCUGAGGAGGAGGAGGAGGAGGAGGGUGGCGGACAGACACGAGUGUGCAGAAGAACGAGCCACAGGGAGGAGAAAGGAUGUUCACCUCCAGAUCUCCAGCCCUCGAUGGAGGGAGACCGACACAGAUUCGUCAGACUCCACCACCGCAGACGAGAGUCACUGGAUCCAGGCAAAGAGAGCAGCCCAAGUGAAGUUCCACCUGGCACGGAGGAGGAGGAGAAUUAGAAACAAACCAAGUGGCAACUUGGAUGAGUCCUCUGCUGCUGGUGGAAUUGAGCCAGGAGAUGUGGGAUCCCAGGGUCAGGCGCCAGCACGGCUGACGGAGGGGGAGAGCUCCUUAAGUCUCCACAGGGGAGAAGGCACCAGGUACCAAGAAUGCGGUCCUUCCCUGCUGGGAGGGGCCUCUGAGAUGAAGAGACCCUUAAGAAGCCAUGAGGGAAGCAAAGGCAGGUCCCGCCACCGGGGUCGUCAGCGCCUGCCUGGUCUCGGGCAAAGUGAAACAAUCAAGAAAAGGUUUUCAGAGACAGAUUCCAGCCCUGAAACACCAGCAGCGAAAGAAGGGGGCAAGUUUGUGGACGAUGCUGGGUCCCAGGUGAAUAACCCUGCCCAGAAGCCUCCCGCCACCCACCAGGACGGGUCUGAGGAUUUAGAAGCGUGCAGGAUCUGCCACUGCGAAGGGGAUGAGGAGAGCCCCCUCAUCACGCCCUGUCGCUGCACCGGCACCCUGCGCUUCGUGCACCAGUCCUGCCUCCACCAGUGGAUCAAGAGCUCGGACACACGCUGCUGCGAGCUGUGCAAGUACGACUUCAUCAUGGAGACCAAGCUGAAGCCGCUCCGGAAGUGGGAGAAGCUGCAGAUGACCACGAGCGAGAGGAGGAAGAUAUUCUGCUCUGUUACGUUCCACGUCAUCGCCAUCACCUGCGUGGUCUGGUCUUUGUACGUGCUGAUAGAUCGGACGGCGGAGGAAAUCAAGCAAGGCAACGACAAUGGUGUCCUUGAAUGGCCAUUUUGGACAAAACUGGUUGUGGUGGCCAUUGGCUUCACAGGAGGGCUGGUCUUCAUGUACGUACAGUGCAAAGUCUACGUCCAGCUGUGGCGCAGGCUGAAGGCCUACAACCGCGUCAUCUUUGUGCAGAACUGCCCAGACACGGCCAAGAGACUGGACAAGAACUCGUGCACCGUGAACACGGACGCCAAGGAGGCCGGGGUCGUGCCUGUGUCACAAACGGGAACCAACUCACUGCCGUCUGCGGAGGGCAGCCCCCCGGAAGUCAUACCGGUGUGACGGGGCCGGCCGGGACUGCGUCCCUGAGAGCACGGUCUGGCCCUCGGCUACCACAGUUGACAGCCGUGAUCCUGAGCUCGUCACCCUCUCUCUCUCCUCUCCUCUCUCUGACUCAUUUGUCCUUACUUUGCUCAAAAAGGAAAGGAGAGGAACCAAGUGACCAGGAUCCCACGAAGCAGUUACCAAGUGUGAACAGGAAACUUGGCAGGUCUGCUGGCAAAUGACUUCUGAGACAAUUAAUCAAGAACCACUAGCACAAGGGACGCUUUUAGGAAAGGAGGAGACUAAGUGAACAGACCCGAGUCUUCACAGCGCAGGGAGAGUUCACGAGGACAGACUAGAACCGCAACGUCGGUUUCUUCUAGGGCCCCGUACUGUUAACUAUCUCAUCUGGGAAUAACAAACACAUUUGGUUUUCAGCUUGAAACUGUCUGCACUAUCCCUGAGGCACAUCAGAAGCAAACUUGGAAGACGUGCAUUUUGAUACUCACACUUUUGACAGCUAACAGGUUUUACGGCUAUAGUGGAGUCCAGUUGUUGUGACAGACGCAUGUUUUUAAAAUAGAUGCAAUACACACUUGGAAGAUGUCAGUACUUGGAAUUAUGUUUAAAUCAGCAACAGUAGAUUUUUCAGAGAUUUUUGGGUUCAGUUAGCUCUGUUAAAUACCCACGGAAGUCCUGCACUUCACCUAGUCUCUCUAAACCAGUGCUAUCAGACAGAAAUAUUAUGUGACCCACAAAUGCAGGGCCACAUGUGCAAAUUAAAUAUUUUCUAGUAGCCCCACUAGAAAAAGUAAAAAUAGGUGAAAUUAAUUUUGAUACUAUAUUUUAUUUAACACUAUAUACCCAAGUUAUCCUUUAAUUAUCAACGUAAAAAUUAUUGAGAUAUUUUACGUCUUAUUUUAUGAACCAAGUCUUCAAAAUCUAGUAUGUAUUUUGUCCUUACAGCGUAUCUCAAUUCAAAUUAACCACACUGGAUGGUGCAGCCCAAAAAUCAGAGAUAGAGCCUCUGCUUCGUCUAAUGGUUGACUACUUCAAAACGGCAGCUUAAUUCAUCUUAUAUUCAAAAUAUCACAAAUGUUAUGAUUUUACAGAGCAUUAAAUUAAUCAAAUCAAAUAUCCUGGUUGACGAGUUAGAUGAAGUUACUGUUUCUCUGAAGAGCGAAAAAACAAAAGGUACAAAGCAAUCGGCCUGUGGCAAAGUUCUGAAAUUAACUUAUUUGCUACUAUGAGGCACUUAUGAUAGGGAGAAUAAAAAUUAAAUAUUUUUAAGUCAAACGUACUGUUUUUUAAUCCACAUAAGGCAUGAAAUUGAUGGAUGAGUAGUCAUGACCAAGCAUUCAGACUUCACUUUAAAAAUCCGACAGUAUUUAUUUCCUUUUGCUCAUCUGGGAAACAAAAACAUUCAACAGACUCUGUGAUAAUAAAUUGAGUUGUUUAGGUUUGACAGUUCAGUCGAUUAUUGUAUUCUUUGCAUAUCCAUGUAAAACUGAAGUGUGAGUAAUAUUGCAGUGAGCUGGAUUAAUGAUUAUAAAUACAGUGACCUGUCAAAGAAAGAUGUCUUACGUAUAACAAGGUGAUUUACUUUUGUUAGCUGUCCUAUUUAUUAUUGUGAAAAGGCGACCACGAUGGACACAGAACCAAAGCCUGGGUAUCGCACUGCACAAAUCUGGGGAUCACACUGAUGCACUUUGUAACUGAGGGUGCUUGUUCUUCACAGGUAUCAUAGGAAAAAGGAAAAAGAAAUUACCUUCCACUGAGGAGAAAGAGGCUACAGCAUUAGUAGUGGCUGACACUGAAUCCCAGUAGUCCCAGUUCCUAGAAAUAAAGCAAAGGUCAACAGCGUGAACUGUGUGUGUGUUGGGGGGGUGGGGGGAGCAUGUGUGUGUGUGUGUUCCUGUAUAUACACGAGAAAGACGUCAAGGUGUUCAGUCAGGCAGGAAACAAAAGUUUAAAACCCAUCUUCCUUAAAACUUGUUGUAGAAACACGGACUGAAGGCACAGGAAAAACUAGGUUGAGGUAACUAAACUGGACCAAAAUUUCUGCACAUAAUGGUGUAAUAAAAAGUAUUACGAACCUUAAACAAACUACACUUUGUAUGAACUUCUUUCAUUUCCAUUCUCAAGGUUUAAAGAUAAAUACACUGAUGGAUCACGAAGCUUUGGGUGAUGGAACCUUGGAACCUCACCCAAGGGACUGACCAUGACUCAUUUUUUUCUGACAAUUUUCCCAAGCAUUUUCCUAACCCAUUUUUCUUGAGGUUCAGCAAUGGCAACAUGUGUUUACAAACAUUCCCCAGGGAACAAAGUCUAGUCACCAGCAAAAAAACAUUGACUUCCAUUUUGUUUGCUCUGUAAGGAAAAGGAUUAUUUAUCUGAAUUACACCAAAAAUACAAUUUAAAUUCUGUACAAACCUUAGCAUAGCUCAUUUCACAGCAGGAGAUGACCAGCUAAAAUCAGGCCUCAUUUAUUAAGGGAUACACUGAACACUAAGAAGUUCUAGGAUGAAAAAUAAAAACACGCAUUACUGUCUUAAUAAAAGAUGAUACCUAAAUUCUCAAAAUUAACUUGAAUGGGCUUUGACUUUCUGGAAAUGAGGAAAUAAUACAGCUCCCUAAGAGAUUAAAAACUCAGCAUUAUUCUGCCCUUCCUCUCACUUUUUUAAAUCCUAAACUCCUGAAUUUAAAUCUGUAAAAGGUUUUCCUGCAAUGGCUGCUCAUGGUUCAAACAAUAUGAAAUAACUAUGUAUGUUUAAAACUUGAUGUUGAUCAUUUUCUUUUAUAUUCUGUGUGGCAACAGUACAGUGAACGGGCUUGGCUCUGAAAGAGCUUUUGUGGACUGGAUAUGCCUUUCGAAAAAAACUUCUCUCCAGAAUGACAGUAUUUUGAAGCACAUUUUCUUGCUCAUCUAAGAAAUAAACUGGAAUUGAAACAAAGGAAUGAAAUUGAAGAAUAAACGUACAGCUCUGCUAAAACCUUGGCUUUUUAUAAUCAUGAAUCUGUGGUAUUAUCAAUACCACAAAACAGACAAUUAUGCUGUUAAAUUUUUUUUAAAGAACUGUCAUUUUUAUUGUAUAAAAUCAAAGAUUAAAUUGAAAUUGUAAAGAAAAUGAAAUCCAGUUACUGUUUUUUUUUUUUAAGUGAAGCCAAAAAGGCAAAUAAGUUCAAAUAUAAACACAAACAAGACAAAAAUGAUUCCCAGCCCUGGGAUAUAUAGCGGUGGAGAAACUGAAGGAAGAUAGGAUGUACAUACCCGUCUUCCUUCUCUCUCUCUGUAUCUAUGUAUGAAGGAGUCUUCCCAAGUGCCCCGGGAUUCAGUCUCCCUCUGAGCUGCUGUUAGAUGUGAUUACAGAGAUGGCCUCAUAGUUACAUUUAUCUUGUUUUGCAGAAGGUCCUAAAAUAUUUAUUUUUGGGCUGGAAAAUUAGCUCAUUAGAGCAAUGACAUCACUAAGAUAUUAUGAUUGUCAUGGAGGGGAGGGGGGAAGACUGGUCCCUCUGCUGGACAGCUCAGCUCUCCCGGCCGAGCCAAUGAAUAUUUUGGAACAAAGCAGAGCUCUUAAAACUUCUAAUUACCAUUAUUGUAGUUGUUACCUGGUGAUUGCUUACGACUUACACUUUAAUUAAGAAAGAUGAGAAACUUUUUUCUUUCCCGACGUCAGCCCAAAGGUGCUAUUUUACAUAUCGACAGCUGACAGGGAGCACUGUUAUCUUGGGCUGCAGUGUUUCCUCCACAUCUGAAGAAAGCCCAUUUGAAACUGCAUUAAAACAAACAAGGAAAGACGAUUCUACCUGUGUGCAAUUUCGGGGACUGAGCAUUUGUACUCCUUUUGGUCUUACCUAAGUCUCUUGCAUUAACAGUUUACUGUUUUUGUGCAUAAUGUGUACUAAGAAAAAUUAAGGAAAAGAAUUACCUGUGAACGACUCUGUACAUUAAACAAGUGACCCAAA